UCGUUAGCUUACGGAUUUUGAGGAAGUCUAUCAUCAUGUCUAGAUUGUGCCUGUUCGUCUUGGCCCUUGUGCUUGCCCUGGCUGGAACCUCCCAGGCUGCUAGCUUGGAGUGGCCCUCAAACCUGCUGGCUCUCAGCACAGGAAAAUCCUCCCAGCUGCUGCCCAUUGCCAGCGAGGAUUCCGUUGAGCUUUCCGAGAGCGGUGCCGGAUCCAUUAUCUCAUCUGCUGGCCAGCAGCAGCCGGAGGAGCAGUCCCAGGAGGAGGAGGAGGAAGAGCCACUGGCUCAGUCCGUCAUUGGAAGUUCGGAUGCCAUUGAUUCACGUCUGAUUUCCUCCAGCAUUCCCAUCUCUGUGCCUCUGCCCCUAAUUCUGGCUGCCCGCAAUGGACUGCGAACGGUGCUGACCAUCCAGGAGCCGGCUGUGGCCAAGGUGGGUGAGGUGGUGCAGCAUGUGCCCACCGCUGUGUCCCAUCAGAGCCAGACGGUGGUGCAUGACCACAAGCGAUUGGUUACACCCAUUGUGGCUCCUGCCGUGCGCACCACCCAAGUGAUUCGUCAGCAGCCGCCACUUGUGUGGACCGUCGCCUCCGAUCCUCGCCUGGUUCUGAUCCGCAACUAAGGAUAACUGGAAGCCAAAGAUCAACAAGAUGAACUAGCCAAAUCUAUGCUUCGUCAUUUCUUAAUUAUAUUUCUAAUUUUCUUUUCUGGUCUUGCUAACCCACAAAACUCUGUCUCUACGCUUCUUCUGUCUUCUGUCUUCUGUCUUCUUUCUUCUGCCAUUUUCUGUAGAAUUCUUCUUUUGUAGUGUGCUUUUAAUAAAGAUUUCGCAUUUUAA